AUGAUGCAAAGGGGCCGUAACAUCGCCAUCUUGCUUUUCUCCAGAAGACCCACCGUAGCGGCCUCAACUCACUCAUCCCACAUAAGGAGAUUCACUCACAGUCCCAACACCAUGUCUCAGAGCAGUGAUCUCACAAGCGGCAAAAAGCCGGUCAACUUCGGCAUCGUCGUCUUCCCUGCCUUCCAGGCACUCGACGUCUUCGGGCCCCUGGAUGCGCUUAACAUGUUGUCGCGCUCCUACGAUAUGAACCUGUACACCAUUGCCGAGUCUUUGGAUCCCGUCUCUACGAAGCAGAUCCCCGGAGCUCAACAACAGCCCGGCGCUAUCCCCGCCGCCCCUUCGGCGCCGACAGCGAACUCCGAUUUCGGCCAGACCAUCCUGCCUACGCAUACCUUCCAGACAGCCCCACCUCUUGACGUGCUCAUCGUUCCCGGCGGACAGGGCACGCGAUAUGCCGGCAUUCGCACAGCCAUUGAGUUCAUCAAGGAGCGCUUCCCAGAGCUGCAGCACCUAAUUACUGUUUGUACCGGGGCAGGCGUGGCAGCGCGUGCUGGGGUGCUGGAUGGAAAGAGGGCUACGACAAACAAACUGUCAUGGGAACAGACCAUUGCUCUGCGCCCCGAGGUUAACUGGGUACACAAGGCACGAUGGGUGGAAGAUGGGAACGUUUGGACAUCCUCGGGGAUUAGCGCCGGGAUUGAUGUGACGUUUGCGUGGAUCGGAGCAGUGUACGGGAAGGAUGUUGCGAAAGGCAUCGCCAACAGGAUGGAGUACACCCCCGUAGAAGAUCCGAGUUGGGACCCUUUUGCGGAUAUGUGGCGUUAA